UCCAUCAGAAACCGAUGAGCUGGUACAAAUCCCACUGAACCGAAAAUGAUCUACUCUGACAAUUGCUGUUGCUGCAUCGAGCUGAAGUGCGGCUGCAUCCUAAUAGCCAUCGUUGAGGUGCUCAUCCGUGGGCUGGAUCGGUUCUUUGUGGAUCGCGACAGUCUGUUGGGACUUUUUUCCCUCAUAGUAAGUGGUAUCUACGUCAUCUGUUGCAUAUUCCUUCUGCUCGGAGCCGUGUUGGGUUUAAGAUAUUUUCUGUUGCCGUAUCUCUCGGUUUCCUGCCUACGUUUCCUUAUUUUGGUUGCCGAGGGCGUGUUUGUGGCCACGGAAGGCAUUAUCAACGAAUAUCUUGUUUUUGACAUUCUCCAAUCCCUUCUUGGCUUGUACUUUUGGUUGGUGGUCUAUUCUUACUACGAUCGAUUGAAGGACACCUGAGUUCAUAUAUUUUGUUGCCUUUUUAUAAAAUUUGAUGUCUUUUGGAAAAGUAGUGAAACAAAUUUUAGAAGAUUAAUUUGCAUUUUGUAUCAAUGUUAUGUUCAGUUACCUGAUAUAAUAAAUUGCUAAUCUUAACAACAAUA